UCUAAUGUAAUCGGGAAGUUUCUCAAUCUAAUUUAACAUCACGUUAUACUCUUUGAGCACUACAUCUGCGGCUUUUACUGAUUCACGUGAGCACGUGAUAGAGCUGAUGUGAACUGACUGCUCGCAUGAUGAUGCAACCGAGUACUCUCCUUCACCGUCAUCGUCCUCCGCGGUAGUUGUAAUCACGACAUGCGACUCAUCAACACCCAUACCGGCGAAUUCAGGACGUUUUGGGAUUCACAACGUCCACAUUAUGCAAUUCUGUCUCAUACUUGGGGAGACGAAGAAGUCUCGUAUCUGGACUACUUGUUCCUCACCAGCAACCUGCCCGUCACGUCCGUGGGAGUCAUUCAUGCGUUGCUCAAAACUCCCCGAGCCGACAGCGCAGGAAUCAGAAAGAUUCGUAAUUGCUGCAAACUGGCGAAGAGCAGGGGUUAUGACUGGGUCUGGAUCGACACCUGUUGUAUUGACCAAAGUAGCAGUGCGGAACUUUCGGAAGCCAUCAAUUCCAUGUGGGCUUGGUAUCGAGAUGCGGCAGAAUGCUACGUGUAUCUCGUCGAUGUCUCCGCAAGGUCACAAGAAGAUAUCGCACCUGACAACUUGCGCUCCGAGGCUACUCAGGCUACUAGAGAGCAAUUUAGAAAGGCGCGAUGGUUCGAACGCGGAUGGACUCUUCAAGAACUACUUGCUCCUAGGAAAGAAUUGUUCUGUGACAAUACCUGGGAGGUCAUUGCCGAAAAGUCUGAUAUAGGGGAGGAGUUGUCAAAGAUCACUAAAAUCCCCCUGGCCUUCCUCGAUGGCACCGUUCCGGCUUCGGAUAACAAGCUUUGCAGCAUUGCGAUGCGGAUGAGUUGGGUUUCACACCGUCAGACAACUCGCAUCGAGGAUAUGGCAUAUUGUAUGCUCGGACUGUUCGAUGUACACAUGCCCCUCAUUUAUGGCGAGGGCCGAAAGGCAUUCAUGCGUCUGCAACUGGAGAUUCUAAAGAAGAGCGACGACGACUCAAUCUAUGCAUGGAAAGCUCCCUUUGAUAGUUCAGGCUUACUUGCAACAUGGCCCACUGCUUUCGCAGACAGCGGCAAUAUGAUUCAAAUCGUCUUUCCUCAAGAUCCAACUCCUUGGAUCCCACCGACCAUGACGAGCAUCGGUCUCGAACUACGUGGGCGGUAUCGCAGGGACGACCCCCACCAGGAUUCUGUCGACCUACGACACGGGGUACAUACCAUCCACACAUCAAUUCCUACAGGUGAUGGGGCUGCCUUGGUCAUGUACUGUGGACCCAGGAGUGCGUGGCAGCGUCCGAUCACUCAUUACACGAAGCACCAAGAACAAGUCACGGCACUGGUGCUGAACCUACGACGUAUCGGGUCUACGUGGCAGAGAGUGAAUUGCAGAAGGCUGCAGUUCAUCCAAGACACCAUGAGAACUCCUGCUAAGAUAGAAGCGUACAACAUUUUCUACGUGGAACAGCAAGGGCUGUGAUAUAGGACUCGAAGAUAGUUACUCCUUGUGGGCGACCCACCAACAUCCCAGCAUUUGAACCCAAACGUUUGCCG